ACAGGGGUGUGUGUGUGUGUGUGAGAGAGAGAGAGACAGAUAGAGGGGCUGGAAGAGGCGGGGGGCACAGACAGCUCAUCCCUGCCCUCAUUCUCCCUGUCACACCACCCCCUCCCUCUCUCCUUGGGCAGAGUGUUUAUAUAUAUAUAUAUAUAUAUUUGCUGAGACUGCACCGAAGAUGCUGCUACAUCGACCGACUGGAGCUACGACGGGGAGGCUUUGUCCCGGUUCCCCGUGAGAUCCGCUGCUUCCAACGUUCACAGAGAGAGAGGAGCAAAAAGGGAGGGGGGAGGGAGAGAGAGGAGACAGGAGGAAAAAGGGAGAGGAGUAGAGAGAGAGAGGAGACAGGAGAGGGGAGAGGUAAAAGGGAGAGAGAGAAAAAGGGAGAGAGAGGAGACAGGAGGAAAAAGGGAGAGAGAGGAGACAGGAAAGAGAGAGGAGGAAAAAAGGAGAGGGGGAGGAGCGAGAAGGAAGAGGCUGGGAGACGGAGGGAGGAGGAGAAAGAGGAAAAAGGAGAGGAGGGAGGGAGGGAAGAGAGAGAGGGGAGGCAGUGUGCCGCUGUGUGGCUAUUAAUGAUCAGAGUGAGGAGGGGAGAGAGUGACGGAGGAGAGACAUCGAGUUGAGAAGGGGAAUUGGGAACUCUAGGGGACAGUCUCUGUUGGAAUCUGAAACCAGAGACAGAGAGAGAGAGAGGAACAGGCAGCAGCUGCAGCUUACACUCGGAAGCUGCAAACAAUUCACAUUUCCUCCCUCCCUCUCCCUCAUUGCUGUUGGGGUGCGGGAGAGACUUGGACAGAGAGAGAGAGAGACAGAGUCAGAUACAGAACAGGAGCGAGCUCGGGGGGAAGGGGAGACAGAGGGAGAGGGGGAGCAGCUCCGGAUGGGAGCGGGGCUGAAGAGCUGACUGUCGCCCACAGUCGGAGCGGCUAUCCGCCUUUACCAUGGCCGGGACACGAUGUGAGACCAUCUGCUGUCAAUAAGGCCAGCAGCAGCAGCAGGAGGAGGUUGGUGCAAAGAUGCGAGGAGCUGGGCUGAGCAUCUGAUGGGAAUUAGUUUCUAUUCGGCAGAGUGAGCGGAAACCCAGGGGAAGAUGAAAGUGCUCCGGAGGAAGGCAGCUCUGCUGGUGCUGGGCUACAUUCUGCUGCUGGUGCUGACCAUGUUACACUUCACCGAUUAUAAAGGGACGAAGGAGUGUACCCAGGUGAAGUAUGUGCCGUACCCUCUCCGUUACACGGUGGAGCACCAGCGGCCCUCCGCUCCCCAGAACAGCUCCAGUGGGCGCCAACAUGUCUAUGUGUUCACAACAUGGCGAUCGGGCUCUUCCUUUGUGGGAGAGCUCUUCAACCAGAACCCCAAUGUCUUCUUCCUCUACGAGCCCAUGUGGCACAUCUGGCAGAAGCUGUACCCGGGAGAUGCCCUCACUCUGCAGGGGGCAGCCCGCGACAUGCUGGGCUUCCUGUACCACUGCGACCUCUCCAUCUUCCAGCUCUACAAUGGGGGCAACAACAUCACCAGCAUGGGCAUCUUCGGGGCGCCCCGCAACAAGGUGGUCUGCUCCUACCCGCUCUGCAAGGCGUACAGGAAGGACAAGGUGGGCCUGAUCGACGAACACGUGUGCAAGAACGAGUGCCCACCUCAGCACCUAGACUCCCUGGAAGCUGAGUGCCACAAAUACAGCACCAUUGUCAUCAAGGGCGUCCGCAUUUUCGACCUGAACAUUUUGGCCCCUCUGAUGAAGGACCCCUUCGUCAACCUCAAGGUGAUCCACUUGGUCAGGGAUCCCAGGGCCGUGGCUAGCUCCCGGAUCAAGUCGAGGAAUGGUCUGAUCCGGGAGAGCCUGCAGGUGAUGCGCAGUAAGGAUCCCAAGGGGCGUCGGUUGAAGGUGUACGAUGGGUACCAGAGGACCAGGCGGGAUGCAGUGGACUACCACGCUCUCAAUGCCCUGGAGGUGAUCUGCACCAGCAUGGUCAGGACUGCGCAGAUGGUGAGGGAACUGCCGGACUGGCUGAAGGACAAUUACAGGAUAGUGCGCUAUGAAGACCUGGUGGAAGACCCCAUCAGGUACCUCAAGGACAUGUAUCACUUUGUCAACCUGUCAGUCAGUGAGGACAUUGAGAGAUUCAUGCUCAAUAUGACCAUGGGCUCCAGUUACUCCUCCAAAAAGCCCUUCAGUGUUUCUUCCCGAAACGCCACCCAGGCUGCCAAUGCAUGGCGGACCCAGAUGACCUACUCCCAAAUCAAACAAGUGGAGGAAUACUGCCAACAUGCCAUGGAUUGGCUGGGGUAUGAGAAAGUCCAAACCCCAGAGGAAGUCAAGGAUUUCAGCAAGUCAUUUGUUACCAAAAUCCGGCUUUGAACAAAAAUACAAAAGUGCUUCAGAAAUUCAUUACAUCAAAAUCCACAUUCAAGAGAAGCCCUGGAGCAGAUCCCAACCUGUUUACUUUCUGAAUAUCCUUGGAUUCAGGUCUGGGAAAAUAAAAAGAGUGCUUGAGAGGAUUUUUAUAUUGUGUGGAGUGCAUGGGUACACUUGAGGCUGCACCCACAUACCUCACCGUCACAUGGGCACCUUCACACAGUGACAUUCUCACACUUACAUGUCAGUCAUGCACUUGCACACAUCAAGUUCUCACACAAAACCUGCCACUAACAGACACUCACACAUUCACACCAACACACCCAAACACAGACAUACCCACUCUCACACAUUUACAUCAACAUGCAUGAAAACAUAGGCACAGCCUUCAUCUAUUUCACUCACAUAGACAUUUAUAAACAACCUGUCACCAACUCACUCACAUGCAUAAUUAAUAACACUGAAAAGCUGAUGACACACGAGUCACUUAGUAAUUUUAAGGGGUUUUUUUCCUCAUCAGAUGUUGACAAAGAUGCAAUGCGUUGAGUUGGCCAUUGGAAAUACUUGAUCAUUUGGAUUUAAAAUUGUUAUGUACAUUGCUCUUUGAAUAUAUAUAUAGAGUUCUUUUUUGUUGUCUGGUCGAAUGAGUAAAUUGAUAAUUUAUCAUUUAAAGAAGUAUUCUAUUAUAUUGAUGGCAUGUGGCAGUAGUAUUGUGAAUACAGUGCUUUACUGCGAAAGUACAGCUCAGCUGAACCUUUCAAUCUAUGUUCAUGCUUGAAUGUUCAUUCCAGAUAAGCCAGUUCAUGUUCCCUUCCUAAAGAUUGUGUGGAACAAACAAGCGUAGUCUGUGCUCAAUAAACUUUUUUGACCCAUAUUUUCAUUAUUAAUGUAAUGUUAUAGCUGAAAGUGAGUGCAGACAAGUACAAGAAACUAUAAAAAAAGACAUUUAAUGAAGGAAAACUAACUGAAACCUUGCCAAGAUCAAAACUGACAUAGCACAUUAUUUGUUGCAAGACACCAUGUUUAAUGAAUUAUUGUAUAUUAUCUGGAGUCUCUGUGAGGCUACCGACAAAAUGUCGCAAUGCACAGUAUUUAUGAGGAGAGGAAAUACACUAAGCAGCAGCAUACCUCGGUAUACUAACUUUCUGCUUUAAUUUAAGACUAAAUGAAAACAGUGCAAAACCAUUUCCUUUAAAGAGUCUUGUAAUUAUCUCACUGAUACCAGCGCUACAGUAUACAGUCCUCCAGUGCAUGAACUCUGGGAGUUGUUUCUCUCAUUUUAUUUUAAAAAUGCCUUUUCAAGUCAGUCUCAGCUAUUUCCAUUCAAGGCCAGCAGCACAUGAUUAAAACAGGAUACACUUACUGUGGAAUGGGUGAUGCUUUUGUACUGGAGACAAUGCUGAAAGUACAACUCAAAGCAAAUUUCUAAGAGGUCCCUUUUAUUGUGAAGUUGAGAUCCUUGGAGAGACUAUUAAAAUAGAGGUAUGACUUCAGCUUCAGCAUGCUGUUCUCAGGAGUUUACCUGGUUAGUUAACACAUCUCCAAACCAAGGCUUUUUUAAUGUAGUCUCAUGGUUUGUGCAUAUGCAAAUGGGGAUGGGUUAACGCUGGUAACAGCUAGGGAUUUUAGUCAGCGGAAAAAUAACUUCAAGUAAAUUUUUGAAACCAAGUAGUCAAUUUGGAGUGACAGGGUAUACAUUUCAGAGCCUGGGAAUCAAUAUGGAGCUGAUCUUUCUAUGUGCUUGCUUUAUAACAUAAUUGUGACAGCAAAUUGAAUCAACUCCGUGCAUUCAGAUGGUUGGACUAAGAGGUGCCAAAUAUAUAUAAAAACAAAUGUUGGUCCACCUGAAGUCAUUGGAAUUCCAUUGGCAGGAGAACUAUACACCUACUGUUGAUGACAUGUCCUCAAGGUACAAAUGACUUCAUAAUGCUUUGGCUUCAGAACAGAAGCUCUAUGUUAUGAAAAUCGCCUCACCCCUUAGCUUAAAGUUGGAAUUGUGUUUAGCAGCUAUCAGACAGUCACGCUAGUGUAACAGCUGAUGUCUCCCUCUCUCCUUAGCUGCUUUUACUGGAAGUGAAAGCUCCAGAUAUUGCAACGGGGCCUGGCACUUUGGACAGCUGAACAACUUUCACGUAGAACCAUAGAACUGUUACAGCACAGAAAGGAACCGGCUUGUUAAACUUGGCCCCUGUAAUAAUUGACCUUUCUGUGAUAGGGUGUGUGGUAGACCAAGAAGGAGGAAUUGCAAAAGAAGCAAAAUGCACAGCUAGCUGACUCCUGACACUGAGAGAGCUAUUGUGACUGCAUUUCUGUGCAUCACACCUCCAUACUGGCUAUUCAGCAGUGCAGUGAAUAGUGUUGCCCUGAGUCAAUCUAUUUGUCCAAACUAAGUCAGGAGGGCAGGAAAAACAAAUGCAGAGAAUGGUGGAGAAACUCAGUAGGUCUGGCAGCAUCCGUGAGAGAGAAAUGAAGUUAACGUUUCAAGUCUGGUAUAAUUUCUUCUGAAAAUAUCAAACUUGAAACAUUAGCUGCGUUUUUCUCUCUAGAGAUGCUGCCAAACCUGCUGAGUUUCUCCAGCAGUCUCUAUUGCUGUUUUUUUUGUUACAGGUCACCAGCAUCUGCAGUAAUUUGCUUUUAUUAAAGGAGGGAAAUGAUUUGAUUUAUUUAACAGUUAAUGAUUUAUUUAAAAAUAAAUGAAUGACUGCUGCUCACAAAUCUUAUUUUUAUUGAUUGCAACAGUUAACACGAUUUGCUUUUCAUCAAUUCAAAUUAAAGUGAUCAGAGAUAAGCAAGUACUGCAUGUUGCUUUCUGUUUAGGUGGAUCUCUGCCACCUCUUGUUCCUCAGUGAUAUGAGUCGGCAGUGUAAUUUCAGCUCCUUAUGUCCAAUACCAAGGAUGAAAGCAGUGUAAGAAGACCUACAUUCAGAAUAUGGAAUAACACUGUCUGGAAAGUGCUAAACAACACAAUGGUUUACAUUGUUAUCUGGCCUCUCAUACACUUGGGAAUUUUACUGGGACGGUCAAUCAGUAACUUAUGUCUAGGGUUCACUGUUGAGGAAGUAGAUUAAUAGAAUGCAGACCUGUGCCUGAAGUAGCCCAUACCGGGAGCUGCUAAUUUCAAUUAUAUCACGAUAGGAAGUUGUAAAAUGAAGGUGAGCCAGCGUUCCCCGAAGACGGGGAAAAUCCAUGGGACCAAUGAUUCAUUUUUAAGAGGACUCUCCCCCACUUUUUGCACCGAAAUUCCCGUUCACCUUUUGUAAGACAUUGAGGCGUGGCAGCUUUUAAUUUUAGGGUGGAGCAAAUGAGACUGUCAGUGGGAGCCAACUGAACAGCACAUCAGCUGAGGGGCACAGGUGGCAGGCCGCAAGUGGCCCCCAGCCCAUUUAACACUGCUUUGGAGUAUGCUGUUUGUUGUGCAUGUAUACAAACUUGAGUUCAUGCCUCUUUUCAUUUUUGCUGGCAAAGGUUUUAUUGGGGGAAAGCAAUAGAUGUCAGUUUACAUUGAUUGUAUGCAGUGAUUUUGUGCAAUGUGAAUUGAUGAACUGUGAUACUGGGAUUUAUUUUGCUGAUAUAAAGGAAAAGAAAAAUAAUGUAAUAAUAGAUUACCUGUUCAAACAUGUAUUUA